AUGACGACAUCUAAGACUGGUCGAACUUCAUUCUCUUCCUCAUCUACUGCUUUACUUGCUGUUCCCUAUUCAGUAACAUCUGGUGAAUUACAUAAUUUUGAUUUAACUACAUCAUCUCAUUUAAUUUCAACUGGUUCAUCUUCGGAUCCUGCUUAUUUGUUCAGUCAAUUAAAAAGUACUGAAUGGAUUCAGCGAUAUGGUCUUAAAUCUCAAAAAUUAACCUUUGAUCAAAUUCUACAAAAUAUUGGAUUCAAACGUGUUGAAGGUUUUGAUCCUGUUGUUGGUAAGACUAUCAGCGCAAAAUAUGCUGGUAAUCUUUAUAAUGAAGUACAACAUGAUAAUGGUGAUCGAUACGUUUUAACAUGUCGCCCAGGGAAAUUACGUGAAUAUGUUCAUCGUUUACAAAAAAUAUUACAUUUAUUAAGGAAACGUUUAAUGUUUAUAACUAAUGGAUCACGUCGUUUAUUUGGAAUAAUUGCUGAUCCAAGUGUAUGUCUUGUAUGUGAUUGUAAAACAUUUGAUUAUCGGUUAUUUAAUCAAUUUCAAGCAGCUAUAGCAAGUUUAAUUAAAGAACAAUUUACGAAAAUUAAAAGAUUUAAUAUUAUUUGGGUGUCGAAUGAUAAUGAACAAUUUCGAGCAGAACCAGUUGAUGUCAACUCAUCGAAUAUCGAUCAAGUUAUUGAUUGGGUAUAUGAUCGAAAAUGUCCUCGAAAUAAAAUAUCACUAAGUGCAACGUGCGAAGCAGUUCUUAAAGGAUUUACUAAUGAUGUUCAUAGUAUAUAUUUAAUAAGCGAAGGUGAUUCAUCAGAUUAUGCUCGUGAAAUGUUACGUGACAAUAUUGUUAAAACACGUCUUUCAUCUAAUCCUUCGAAACCAUUACAUGUUGUUUCAUUAUUUUGUCAUAAUAAUGAUACACAGACAUUUCUUCGUUCAAUUGCUCAAUCUGCAGAUGGAAGUUAUUUUUGUUAUAAAAUUAAAAGUGAAAUAUCUGAUUUAAAAGCACCAGCAAAUUUAAAUGAUCCAACACGAAUUAAAUUACAAGAUGAUAAAUUACAAAUUGGUACAAAUGCUUUAACACCUUUAUCAGAAUAUCCAAUUGAUAUAACAUUAAUGUAUAAAGAAAUUAUUGAAUGUCAAAGUAUAAGUGAUCGAAUAGAAAAAAUCCUCGGAUUUGUACGAGAUGAAAGUCAAAAUCCAGUACAAUCAUUUGCAAGUAAAAAUUUUGUUAAUUUUAAUUCAGCUGAAUUAUUUUACUCUUAUUCUAUAGCAACAAAAUCAUCAGAAGCAUCUAAUACAUCUGGUGAUAAAAAUUUUCAACGUGGUCUUGUUGUUCCAUCAACAACAUUAUUUAAUAAUGAAGAAAAUGAUAUGACAUCAGCUGAGUGGUUAAAAAAUUUUGGAAUAGAUGCACAAAAACUUGAUUUCUUUUCUGUUCUUCAAUCAGCAGCAUUUAAACAUUGUGAUGGAGUUGUGAAGGUAUUAAAACCACCAAAUGAUUCUGAUCAAGUCACUGACAACACUCCAGCUAAUCCACAAGAUAAAUUGAUAAAUGCAAUAUAUUGUGAUCAAUUUGCCCAUGUCGCAUGGCCAGAUGGAACAAUUCGACAUGUUCACGUUACCCCAGAACUUCAUCGUGAUUAUGAAAGACGAAUACGAAGUUUACUUGAAAAAAUAAAAGCAAGAUUAAAAUGGUUAAAGAAAGGCAGUCGUGAAGUAUUCGGUACUGUUUUGGAAAAUAAUAUUUAUGUUCUAAUUGAUACAUCACAAAGUAUGCAACAUCAUUUGGGUUUUGUUAAAGAAAAACUUCGUUUACUUAUACAAGAUCAAUUAUCUGCUAAAGAACGUGUUAAUAUGGUUGCAUUUAAUACUGCAACAAAUCCUUGGCGUGAUCGUUUAACAAAAAUUAGUGAUUCAACAAUAGGUUCACAACUUCAAUCAUGGAUUGAUGGACUUCAUGCUGAAGGAUCAACAAAUACAUUAGCUGCACUUCGUUUUGCACUUGCUGAUUCAGCUACGGAAGCUAUUUAUCUUUUAACUGAUGGACGACCUGAUCAAAAUGAACGACAUAUUCUUUCACAAGUUCAAUAUCGUCAAACAGUUCCAGUGCACACAAUAGCUUUUAAUUGCCAAGAUCAAACAGCAAAUCAAUUUCUUUUUGAUUUAGCUAAACAAACAGGUGGACGUUUUCAUGCAUUUCAAUAUGGAAUUAAUAAACAAACAACAGUUGAAAUACCUGAGAGUGAAGAUGUUGGAAGUCUGAUACGAGAAUUAACUCGUGGUCAAAAAGAAUUAGAACGUAUAGCUGGUUUACGUGAUGAAUGUUUAGGACAAGCAUGGCCACGUGAAAAUCUACCACCAAAAACAACAAAACAUAAAAAUCGUCAGACUAAUAAUGAUAAUAAUUCAACAUUGUUACAAUUUAAAAGUCAGAGUGCACUCGACAUUACAGCUCGACCACCUAGUGCUACAAUGUCACAACGAACAGGUAAUAAAAAAAAACGUCCAACAACAACUCAAAAUCGUAAAGCAUCAAGAUCUAGAUCAGCAAUUAAUGUAUACGAAUCAAAUGAUGUUCUUAAAAUAAAUUAUAAUCAAUGGCUUUUACCAGAAACAGAAGUAUAUUUACACGGAAAUAAAGAACAAUCAACAUCUGGUACAGAAAAUGAACAACGAGUAGAAGUUGUAACAUCUGUGACAGAAAAAAUUUCAACUCCAUAUGAUGAAGUAAAAGCUUAUUUAAAAAAGAAUAGUUUAGUUGCAAAAGCUUUAACUAUCUUCGAUGUCCUCUAUCCAACAUCCGUUACGGUUAAAGAACCACGUCAUAUUCAAGUUAUUGAUCGUUAUGUUUUAUCUAAAGUUUGGGAUGAUAUUUUACCAUUGGCAUAUGGAUCUUAUGCUGGUAAAUUACGUUUAGUAAAUCAUUACGCAGUCGAUUUGGAAAAAUAUGAAAAUAAACUUAAAGAAUUACUUGUUAGUUAUCAUAUAUUUACAUCAAAAUUUAUUUGGAAACAUUUAAGCAUUGAAGAUAAACGAAAACUUGGUCCACAUAUUUAUUGGGUUAGUUUGUCAAACGAUGAACAAAAUAAAUUUGAAAAAGGUAUACCUAAAGAUGAACAUACCAGUGAGAGUGCAUUAGAAAGUUAUGCUUGGCGAAAACUAACUGAUGCUGAACAAACGAAUUUAUUAGAGAAACCUGUAGUUUAUCAAGAUAAAAACCAAGCUUUCUUAAAAACUAUAUUAAAAGAAUCUGGAGCAGAAUCAGCAUAUAGUGCAGUUACUCGUAUGGAUACUGAAAUACAUCGUGCUAUUAAAUUUUUACAAAUCUCAACUGAUUUACGUAAAUUACAAAAACGAGCUGAUGUGGAAUCAAAAGUAGAAGAACCACCAAAAGGUCCACGAAGACCAUCCGGAGAUCGAACUUCUGGUCAACGUUUUAUAUGUCGUUUUGAUGCUGAUGGAUUCUUUUAUGCCUGUAUUGUAAUAAGAAUUACAAAUGGCAAAACUAUUGUUCGAUUUGAUAUGGGUAUUGAACAAGACGCAACUGGACAUGUUCUUUUACCAAUAGCUGGUGCAAUUGCUCAACCACAUUUAUUUGUAAAUGAUUAUGUAUUUGUUCGCCUAAUGAAUAAUAACGAAGAAUUUUGGGCACCUGGUAUUGUUAUGGUUCUUCCAUCGCCAGUCUCUCCACAACCAUCUUUACAUAUGGUACAAAUAUAUACUCCACGUUCAUAUCAAGUUCAUGUACAUCGUCGUGAUCUACUUAAAAUAAGUUUAGGACUUUUUCAACGAACUCUUUUAUAUCUUCAAAAUAUUCAUCAUAUACAAACAACAUUUGUUGGCGGUACGAAUGGAUCAACAACAAUUUCAUCAAACUCAUUAGAAGAUACUCUACGAAAAGGACUUGAACCAUUAACAAUUAAAAUUAACCAUUAUCAUGAAACGCAUACUAAAAAUUAUGUUCAACUUAAAACGACACUUGAAUAUCAAAGGGAUGCAAUUUACGAUUUACAAGAGCAAACACAAAAACCAAAUACUAAACCAGAUAUUAAACAUAACCAAACUCAAACAAAUGAAAUUCCAGUAAAACCAUCAAAGCCUCCAAAACCACCAAAGCCUCCUAAACCAUCAACUCCUCCAUAUGUACCAACACCUACACCCACACCUACACCCACACCUACACCAACACCCACACCCAAACCUAUAGAUUUCAUUGAACCAAAUACAGAUGUAUAUGCUGUAUGGUUUGAUUAUGGUGGAUUUGUUUAUCCGGGCACUGUAUUAGAAAAACAAACUGAUUCAAAUAAAUAUCGUGUUCAACGAAAAGAUUUAUCUCAUACUUAUUGUUUUAUUUUACGAGAACAUAUAUUUCUUCAAUCACAACGUACACGUUUAGAUAAAUUAAAACCUAAAUCAUGCGCUCUUAUUCAAUAUCCAAAAGAUUUUCGUCAAUGUUGGCGACCUGCAGUAGUACUUAAACAUGAACAUUCAAAAAUACAUGUUCGCUUUUAUGAUUGUAUUGAUGAAAUAUUUCCCGAUCAUGAAUCUGUAAUACCAAUAACUACAGACCAAUUUGCAUAUUAUGCAAAAUGUCGUAUUGAUUAUGAAACUUCUCUUAUAAAUCAAGUUAUUGUUGGUUUAAAUAAUGAUCAAAAAAAAUUUAUGUUAGGUACGAUUAUUGAUCGAGUUGAAUCCGGUCAUAGAUAUUUAAUUAAAUGGUGUGAUGAAACAGAAAGUUAUCAAGAAGAAGAACAUUUAUUUGGAACGUUUAGUACACAUAAUGAACAUCAAAUUAAUUAUUAUGUUUUAGCUGUAGAUGGUGAUCAAUAUAUUUAUAAACCAGCUCGAAUUAAAAAAAUAUUAAAUGAUAAAAGAACAUUAAAUAUUCGUUUUCUUGAUGCUGAUCAACAGAAUAGAGAAGUCGAUGUACCGUCUGCUGCUACAUUUGUAAUUACUGAAGCGUACUAUAAAGAGAUUAUUAUGCGAUUACAUAAAUGA